CGAAGCACUGGCCGCCUCGUUUGACAUUUCAAACCCUCGACUCGUCCAUUUCGUUCAAUGCUCUACAAGUGAGAAGUUCUGACUGGUUCAGCGCUGAUCAAAAAAGCUUGAUUACCUCGACCAGGAUAUCAGUUGACACUAUCUGAACGCGCUAAAAUGGCCGCCACUGGAAAGGACGUUGAGAAGCCCGUCGCCGAGGCCGCGACUGUGCACCGCAUUCGCAUCACGCUGACCUCGCGCAAUGUCCGCAGUCUGGAGAAGGUUUGCGCUGAUCUGAUCAGCGGAGCCAAGAAGCAGAAGCUGCGUGUCAAGGGCCCCGUCCGCAUGCCGACCAAGAUUCUGCGUAUCACCACCCGUAAGACCCCUUGCGGUGAGGGUUCCAAGACUUGGGAUCGCUUCCAGAUGCGCCUGCACAAGCGUAUCAUCGAUCUGCACUCGCCAUCGGAGAUCGUCAAGCAGAUCACCUCGAUCAACAUCGAACCCGGUGUAGAGGUUGAGGUGACCAUCGCCGACCCUUAAGCGAUUCGCGCGAGAUCCACCAGCAACGCGAAGGAGAGGGACAAGUCAAGGCGCGAUGACGAUUCUCUUGCCCAGAGCGUUGAAAUAGAGCAGACAUAAAAAGCCGAUCAAAUAACAUUGUUAUGCCAAAAACUUUGUCUUCGCUUCCUCUCUGUACGUUGGGGGAACGCACCUUCCAACUUGCGUUCCGAAAUCGGUACCAACUUUUUAUAUUAAAAAGUUACAAAAAAAUAAAAGAACAUAAAAAAGA